AUGUGGAGCGCCAGGGCCCAGCAAUCGGGUCAGGGUGGGUAUGGAACCUGCCUGCUGGCUGCUCUGCUCUGGCUCAGCCUCCUGCCCCAGCAUGCCCAGGCCAUCAAAUCUGCCCGCAGUAACAGCGCUACAAAUAUAACAACCACCCAGGCCACGAGAAGUACUCCACCCCUGUCUCAGGUAUGUGGCAAGACCAAUUUCCAAGGGAAGAUCUAUGGCGGUCAGAAAGCAGCUUCUGAGCGGUGGCCGUGGCAGGCCAGUCUGCUCUUUCAUGGCAGUCAUAUCUGUGGAGCCGUUCUCAUCGACAAAAACUGGGUGGCUGGUGCUGCCCACUGCUUCCAAAGGUCUCACAACCCGAAUGACUACCAGAUCAGGCUAGGCUACACCAAGCUGAGCAGUCCCACCGAGUACAGCAGGCAGAUGUCAGUGUACAAGCUCAUCGUUCACAAAGACUACGACAAAUACUACCGCCAGGGAAGCGACAUUGUCCUGAUGCAGCUGGAGUCCCCCGUGGAGUACAGUUCCCACAUCCUUCCAGCCUGUGUCCCAGAUAAAAACGUAAAAAUUCCCAACGAAAAGGCCUGCUGGGCGAGCGGCUGGGGGCAUCUCAGAGAGGAUGUGAUCCUGCCCUUACCUGACGACCUCUAUGAAGUAGAGCUCACCCUCAUGGACAAUGACGUGUGCAAAUCAUUUUUCCCGCCGCCAACAUCUGGCUCCAGUAGAAGAUACUACAUCUAUGAUGAUAUGGUGUGCGCUGCCGAUUACUCCAUGACGAGAUCAAUAUGUUCAGGAGAUUCUGGGGGCCCCCUCGUCUGCUUACUGAACGGCUCCUGGUACUUGGUGGGGCUGACCAGCUGGAGCGCACCGUGUGAAACCCCACUCACCAGCCCCAGUGUCUUCGCCAGGGUCUCCUACUUUGACAACUGGAUUAAAGAACACAAGAAAGCCUCGCCUGACCCAAAGCCACAUGGGUCUGACCCAAACCCACAGGGGCCCAAUAGGCCCCCUCACUAUCCCAGACCCCCUGGUGGUGGAAAGCCCUGGAACAGCAACAAAGGCCAAGGCAUUGCCAUCAAGCCAAUGAUCUGCACGGUCCUGCUGUCUUCUUGGGUCCUCCUUCUUCAGUUGAGUUAG